AUGAAUACUUUCUUGAAAUCAAAAUUCGAAUAUCUGCCAGAUGAAAUUAUUCUUGAAAUAUAUCGAUAUCUUCAUUGUGGUCAUGUACUUUAUUCAUUUUACAAUAUUAAUUCACGUAUUAAUCAUGCAAUAACUGAUUAUUGUCAUCAUGUUAUACUUCGUCGAUUAAAUUAUAAACAAUUUCUUUAUAUUUAUUCGAAUGUUUUACCAAAAAUUGGUACAUUUAUUAUUUCAUUAACAAUAAAUCGAUUACAACAAACACAUUUUUUAAACAAAUUCAGUCUUCAUAUGAAUAAAAUAUUUCCUAAUUUACAAAAAUUAGCAUUAGAUGAUUGGAAAAAUGAAGAAUUAUUUUCAUUUAUUGGAAAUCAUUUAAAUCAACUUCAAUAUCUUCGUACAAUUAUUAUUCGUGGUUUACGACAAGUAAAUCAUACAAAUUUAAUUACGCAUUCAAGUGAAGAUCAAAAACAUUUAUUAGAAAUAACUCAUAAAAAUACUCAAAUUGAAUGCAUUUAUUUUGAACCUGAUUGUUAUUCAAUGAAAUUAUCAAUUAAUCAAAACAAUUUGAUAACUCAUUCAAAUCUUAUAGAAAUGAGUAUAUCACUUUCAACAUCUAAUGAUUUAAUUUCUCUUGCAAUUAUUAUUCCAAAUAUUCGUCGACUUCAUGUUGUUAUUGAAGAAUUAUUACCAAUUAAUAAAGAUAUAAUACCAUUUCAAUGUCUUACUCAUUUUUCUCUUGAUGCUAUAGAUUUUUAUUCAACACUCGAUAAUAUUUCAUCAAUACUUCGUCUAACACCAACUAUUCAACAACUUUCAUUGACUCUUACUACUAGAGAUGAACGUCUUAUUUAUGGUCAACAUCUAUUUACACUUUUAUCUUCUCAAUUAUUUAAUAACGAUAAUCUCAUCGAAUCAUUGAAAUAUGCUACAUAUUUUUCAACAUCUGUUGAUUAUCAUUUUGAUCCAAAGAAUAUUUUACAAUCAUGGAAUCCGAUUUCUAUUGCUUAUACGAUUAAUAAGGAUGAAAAGAAAUCCUAUAUACUUAUUCAUACGUUACCAUAUCCAUCUAUUCUUCUUAAUCUACAUUCAAUAUUACCUAAUAAAUUUGGUAUUAAUCUAGGUGAUCAAGUUUAUAAUAAUAUUCAAUAUUUAUGUAUAUGUCAUGCUAAAACUUUACUUGAAACAUUUACAAUUAUACAACAUUGUCGAAAAAUACAAGAUUUAAAUAUUCAAAUAGAUAAAAAUAAAAUAAAUUUACCAGGUAGAAUCAAUACGUAA